GCAGAGGAGAGCAUGCGCAGAGCAGGGGAGAGUGAGGCCAGUGCAGAGGAGAGUGCGCGCAGAGCAGAGGAGAGCGAGGCCAGUGCAGGGGAGAGCAAGGCCAGUGCAGGGGAGAGUGUGCCCAGAGCAGAGGAGAGCAUGUGCAGAGCAGGGGAGAGCAAGGCCAGUGCAGGAGAGAGUGUGCGCAGAGCAGAGGAGAGUGAGGCCAAUGCAGAGGAGAGUGUGUGCAGACCAGGGGAGAGCGAGGCCAGUGCAGGGGUGAGUGUACCCAGAGCUGGGGAGAGCAAGGCCAGUGCAGGGGAGAGCGUGCGCAGAGCACGGGAGAGCGAGGCCAGUGCAGGGGAGAGUGUGUGCAGAGCAGGGGAGAGCGAGGCCAGUGCAGAGGAGAGUGUGCCCAGAGCAGGGGAGAGUGAGGCCAAGGCAGGGGAGAGCGAGGCCAGUGCAGGGGAGAGCGAGGCCAGUGCAGGGGAGAGCAAGGCCAGUGCAAGGGAGAGUGUGCCCAGAGCAGGGGAGAGUGAGGCCAAAGCAGGGGAGAGCGAGGCCAGUGCAGGGGAGAGUGAGGCCAGAGCAGGGGAGAGCAAGCCCAGAGCGGGGGAAGCAUGUGCCCAGUGCAGGGGCGACUGAGCCCUCAUGUGGAAAACCCAGAAUGGGGUGACUGUAGGCCCAUGGCUUAAGAAUGGACUGUAAUGUUUUACUUCUAACUUUAUCCCUUUAUUUUUCCAUUUUUGUACCUUGGAAUUUGUGCCCAGGUACCUUUGUAUCUAGGAUGGCACCGGGAAUGUCGACAUUAUACACUUUUCACUGUACUCCUGUACC